UCACUCGCGAGCUCGUGGCUUCCAAGACCCAACAAAGCUCUUUGCAUCCCAACAGAAGAGAGCAGAGAGAGAGAGAGAGAGGGAGCAGAGAGAUCCUCCGGAGCAGGGCAGAGAUGGCAGGGACAUGCUCAAUCCUCUCUUUCAAAAGAUGAACAUGGAGUAAAGGAUCAGAAUGUCUUUUCAGCAACUUUCGGACGUCUUGGUUGGUCUUCGACACUCACCGGGGAGGGAAUAUGUCAGGAAAACCGUUCAAGAGGAAACAUUUGGCGGUCAGAGCAGAAGUGAACUUUGUGAACGCGGAAGAGGCGAAGAAUCUUAUAGCCGUAGAGGGAUACGCAGUUCUGGACGUGAGGGACAGAACUCAAUUUGAGCGAGCGCAUAUAAAAUCCUGUUAUCACGUUCCUCUGUUUAUAGAAAACCAAGACAACGACUUUGGCACAAUUAUAAAGAGGCAACUGCACAACAAUUUCGCAGGAUUGUUAUUUGGUUUGCCAUUCACCAAACUGAAUCCUGAAUUUGUGCAAUCUGUCAAAAGCCAGUUUUCACCCCAAAGUAAGAUAUUGCUGGUUUGUCAGGAAGGUUUGAGGUCUGCUGUGGCUGCUAAUAAACUCGAACAAGCUGGUUACGGAAACAUUGCAUGCAUAACAUCAGGCCUUCAAUCAGCAAAGCCAGGGACGUUCGAUUCGGUAGGAUCCACAGAGCUGCAAAAUGCAGGAAAAGCCGGUCUGGUCACAAUUCAAGGCAAGAUCUCUGCAGUUCUUGGAACUGUGCUAAUCUGCGCAUUUCUUUUCAUAACCUUCUUCCCAGACCAGGCAGAGAAGCUGUUCCAAUUGGCCCCUGCGAGCUAGGCCAGAGAACCCGAAAUUUUGCUACUUCUCUGUAGAUUGCGAUUUGCAUAUUACCAACGAGAACCCUGAAGUAGCGAUUCUUGCCAAUAUUUGUAAAAUAAUCUGAUUAAUACGAUGUCUCACUUAAAUAUACGCUUUCUCUUCACAGAUAAUUUUAAGAGUUUGAAUUGUUUUC